AUGGCAGUCAACAUCGCCUCCAGCCACAUGCCGUACGUUGGCACUCCGUUCGAUGCGAGGGCGCCGCUGGGUAAUAUCCCGACCGACCGAUUUGACAGACUGGUGUUGGCGUUGAAGAAGGCCUUGGGUCCUUCAUCAGGGUUGACAUCUGACGAUGUUGACGUCGACUUCCUUCACCUCCUGAUGGAGGACUAUGACGGGACUGAUGGAAGGUGGGCUAGAUAUGCCUUUGGUGACGGCAGUCGGGGCUACACUCGUAAUCUUGUCGACGAGGGCAACGGUAAAAGCAAUCUGCUGGUGCUCGUAUGGUCCCCCGGGAAGGGGAGUCCGAUCCAUGACCAUGGCAAUGCCCACUGCCUGAUGAAGAUCCUCAAGGGCAACCUGACAGAGACUCGCUAUGAAUGCCCACAGCAUGGGGAUGGUGAGCGGCCAUUGAGAAAGAUUUCCCAGAAGACAUACAAGGAGAACCAGGUAGCCUAUAUGGCCGAUGAGCUCGGCCUGCACAAGGUGAUCAACGAGGGCAGCGACUUCGCUGUCUCAUUGCACUUGUACACCCCGCCAAAUGUGGCUAAAGGAGGGUGCAAUAUUUUCGACGAGAAGACGGGGAGACGGAGCCAUGUGCCAAGUUGUAAUUACUACUCGGCGUAUGGGCAACUUUUGAAGUGA